UUUAUCACCUGCCGGCAUGAGCGAAGAAGAGCAGAAUAACGGCUCCCUGUCUGUCAGGAAACCGUCUCGCAUGCCCAAGUGCUCUCGCUGCAGGAACCACGGCUUCGUGUCGCCGCUGAAGGGCCAUAAACGCUUCUGCAACUGGAGAGACUGCCAGUGUCAGAAAUGCAGGUUGAUCGCUGAACGGCAGCGGGUCAUGGCAGCCCAGGUGGCGUUACGGAGGCAGCAGGCCCAGGAGGAAGAGCUGGGCAUUUGCAGCCCGGUUAACCUGUCCGGUUCAGACAGUCUGGUGAAAAACGAGGCCGCGGAUGAUAACGUGUUUACUAUCAUCUCUGAACCGCCGUCACCCACCGCCAGCAGCGCCACCGCUUCUCCCACCAGCCUGGGGAGCCGUUCCAUGCUGGCUGUAAGUCCUGCAGCGACCAGCAGAGGGCACACAGAGGGCACGUCUGACCUGAUGGUGGAUGCUUCCUAUUAUAACCUCUACCAGCCCACACCAUACUCAUCCUACUAUAGUAACCUGUACAACUACCAGCAAUAUCAGAUGCCCAGUGGAAAUGGUCUUCAUAACAUGUCCCCCCAGUACCGAACACACUCCUACUAUUCAUCUUACCUGAGUCAGGGGCUCAGCACAACUGCAUGUGUGCCACCCAGCACCUGCCCCGAACCCAAAGCAGCAGUUUUCUCUGAUGGAGCUCAAGACUCGGUGUCCAUCAGCUCAAUGAUCAACACCGAGAAUAAGCUGGAGUGUGAGAGCAGCUCGGAGUCUGGAACCUUCUCCGUCGACUCUGUCAUCGAGGGGCCAAGCAAAUGAAAAACCCUCACCUGCGCCAGUCUUCUAUCUGAUUCAAUUGUUUCUGUAUUUUAACUGAAAGUAUUACGAUUCUGAAAGCUACCUUCUUGUUCAACAGCUGCACUUAGUUCUGAUCAUUGUGAUGUUUUUCGACUUUCCAAGAUUUUCAUAGACGUGGGUUAUGUUCUCAAUGAUCAUAAAUACAGUUUAAAAGGCUGGCUUUGUUUCAUACUGUUUGAUAGCUCCAGUUUGUUUACUUUUAAUGCUGCAGUUUUUUAAGUUUAGAACGAUUCGUUUCUACUCGUAUGCACUGGUGAAAGAAAUAGCAGAGCGCAACGAUUUAUUGUCGCACAUCACCUGAAGCCCAGCGUUGCUGUCAUCGGCCUAAUGGACAGUCUAACUUCUUCCCACGACCUUCAAGACGCAAAGUAUAUUAGCUGUUCUCCAGCAUCUCCAUAGUGGCUGUGAGACAGUUGAGUUAGAAGAGAUACUAUUAAAUUAUGCUUCAAUCUCACAGUGAACGGCUUGUUUAUUUAUGGCCGUCACUAAAGAACAUCAUUUCACUUUUGAUGAUUUGCAUCUACCCUGUUCCUAUGCAGGAUCCAGCUAAUGUUCGGCACUCUUCUCUGCUUUCUUUGUAUAAUAUGAAGCCGUGCCCUUGAUUUUAACGGUGUUGGCACAGAUAGUGUCCUCAGGCAAGUCACGAAUAAAUGGUAAAGGAGAAGAGGGACACAAAACUUUGUCUUUCCUUUAAUGCUCGUUUUGUUUGUUGCGGACGCGUUUGUUAUGGCAGCGUGUUAAAAAUGAUGAUUUUUCACUUUUUGAUCUAAUAGAUAUGAGCUCUAUCCAUGUUAAAUGCAUUUUGGAAAUUUCUCAGUGUAAUCAGCUUUUAACUUUUUUUUUUUUACAGUGAAGGAUCAUUUAAGAUACUUGCAUCUGUAUUUGUUUUGCACUUACAUAGAACUCAGUAUUAAUAAGUAGCUAACCUUUUUCUACGGGUGAAGGUAAAAUCUUGCAGAAAUAUGCAUACUGUGUAUUCCCAUUUUGAGAUUUUGUACAAUUGUUAUACUAACAGUUCACAGUUUGAUUGGGUUGUUAUUUUGUGUUAACAUACUUGCUGUGUUUUGCUCUCGACGCGGUGAGCUCUUUUUCACUGACACCUUGAUGUUACAAAUAUUUUUAUUAUCGUUAUGAAUAUAAAACAAUACAAAAGCUCAUUCGCAAUGGCUGUGUGUUUAUACGGUCUCAUGUUCAGUGGAAAUAAAAUCAUUCUUAAUGACCGACUCGCGCAAGGCAUGCCUGUUGAGAGCGGGUGAUAAAAAAUCCGAAAUGAAAAUUACUUGUAUUUUCUUUGCUCUGCACCCUGAAAACAUUCAUUCGAUUCUGCCCCAUCUGCUGUAAUCAAUAACCUGACCAUCUUGUUUUUUUUUGUUUUUUUUAUUAAAUGCACUUACUCUUAAUUUCAUCCCCCAGUGGUUUUAGUGAGAAGAAUGUGGAGUUACCUAUAUGGCUUGGGCAUUAUAAAUCACUUCUGGAGAGCAGAUUGUACAGCAGUAUCGAUUGAUCCUGAUAUAUCACAGAAAUUUACUGUCACUUCUGUUUUCAAUUAAAGAUACAAUCAGUCAGAUAAUGACUUAAUUGGAUUUUACAGAAGAUUGAGUUUUAUUGUCCCGUGCUUUACGAGUUUAGUUAAGGAAGGCCGCUUUAUCAUAGGCUGUCAGCGCUGGGCUCCGCCGUGCCGCCGUGUCCUUCUGUUGCUGCUUCGGGUUUGUGUUCCAGCGACAGCCUGAAAAGUGUCUGUGGAUUUGUUUUCCUUGAGCUGCUAUUGUGCCAUCAAUCACGCUGGCUGCGUGA